AUGGCGGCUGAGGCAGAUUCCGAGCUCGUCGAUCGCUCCAUUGAACGUAAAGACACAAAAACUUCUCAGCCAAAGGGGCCGACCAUUCUACAAUUCAUUAUUGCAACUUUAGCCUUCGCCCUUCUCGCAAUUGUGAUUCUCUUCGUCCAAUCAGCCUAUGUCGCCGUGGACCUCUCAAACAGGAACCUGCCGCUUAAUAGGCUCUCAAAGACAGACAGUAGUACUACUCUAGCAAUUGUCCGAGCCUCGCAAGGCGUCCUGUACAUAUGCAUGACUUAUGUGCUCAACGAGGCCUUUAUGUUGUUGUUGUGGCUGCAGAUGAACUCGCCAAAAGGAAUCUCGUACCUAAGUCUCUUGGCCCUCUCUCCAUCAACUAUGCAAUGGGGUACAGUUAGGCUACUUGUCUCGUCCGCGUCAAAUUCUCAAGACAGAGUCUGGGCAUGGUCUCGGCUCUUCCUUCACUUGGCUCAGUGGCUAUCUGGGCUGGUUCUCUUUUUCAACACGUCUUUCCUGACAGUGUAUGAUGUUGCGACCACCUACAACGUCACCGCAGGCAUAGGAGCUUUCAAUGGAACACUCGUACAACCUUUCUUCACUAACCUCAAAACAUUAGUCCCGGGCGAUCCGUAUACACUUCUGCCGUUCCAAUACUUUGCAGCAGUGUACAUCCUUGUUAUCAACCCGCUAAUCUCGACAAUCUCGACGCCGGUCCACUGCUCGGGCGAGAGCUGUGUGUCGUAUCUUCUCUCAGGCGGCCUCUCCCAGUCCGAACCAUGGGAUUCGGCAACAUUCUCAGACUAUCAGGACUAUCAGAUGGCCAGGGUUGACAAUACGCCAUCCGUUCAGAUAGACUUUUCAAGUCCUGUUUCAGACGUAUUUACAGAUGCGGAUUGCGACCAGUUUGGCUCGUCAGACAGCCCCAUUGCAAUGCGGUUCUGCGUCGUCAACGACGAGGCAGUGACGAACGCACUGAGAGCAGGCCUCUUUGUCUGCGCGAACGGCACUAAUAAUGGACAAUGCGAUAUCGGGACACCAUGGAACAACAUCACCACCCGUAUCGAAUUCUAUACCCGCGAGGCGACCGUCAUCGCCUCGCGUUCUAACUACACAAUUGUCAGCGUAGAGAGCAUCACGUCACCAGAGAUGGUGACAGAUAUUGAUCUUACAGCAUACAGAGAAGUCCUGCGCUGGCUGCUCAACUACACCGCAUCCGACAUCCCGGCACCCUCCUCCAUCGCCCAGAGCUUCUUCAACUCGUACGCCCAGCUCGAUAGCCCGUAUACGUACGGCAUUGCUCAGCAGAACUUCCAGAGCAUAGUCGCCUUCCCCUUCUGGCUUUUCAACAAUAAUAAUUGGGGGAAUAUAGCAGUCAAGUCCGAUAUGCUUGAGGCUGGCUUGUCGCCGCAGUUCUAUACUACGGUUUCGAUUGUGGAGCCAUACGUCAAGUUGAAGUUCGAUAAUGCGAUGUUUGUCCUUUGUGUGGUGUUACAGGGCUUGGUGCUCGUCUUCGUGUGGACCGUCUUGGUAUGGACGUGCCUCCGACGAUCGAGCUUGACAUUUCCAGUAUCUGCUUUUCCGUUCUUUGACGCUAGGCACAAGCUCUUGAUGGAUGGAGAAGAGGGGAUUAGUGGCCGUCUGGCAGCAAGGGCACAGACUUCUGAAAUAAUAAGGACGAUGAAGAACGCGAGAGUACGGAUUAAGGAGGACUAGAACUUGGUAGGAGGACUGGCGAACGAUAAAGCUGAAAUAUGGUGGUUGUUGAUUGAUGGUAGAUAUCCCUUUACAACCGCUGUUUGCGGCUUGAAAUAAAGACACAUCAGCAAUAGCUUGAUGAUCAAUGUGGGGGAUUGUAAAAUUAUAAAUCGUCCUGUAGUGCACUUCAGUCCUGCUUUCUC